CCCAGCAGGUUGGGUUGAGAGGUCGGCUAGGGGACCGUGGACAGCUCCCGUCCGAGGAGCAGAGCAACACAGGAGGAGGAGAGGGCUGGAUAUGGGGGAGCCACCGCACAGGCCCGUAUGAUCGAGAUAAAACACUUUUUACAAAGAGAGCGAGCUGGAGAGGCCUUAAGGAGGACCGGGGGGGAAACACACCGAGGGAGUGGAGGAAACACGGGGACACGGCUACUGACCCAUCCCGGCGCAUCACGGGAGAAGCGGCGAGAGAAAGGAGGAGAAGAAGGAGAGAUAAUUCUGCUCGACCUGAUGGACUGAGAGGACAGAUGAAUGAAGACUGCCUACACUAACGCCUAUAGAUGCCUGGCCAAGGACCUGGACGCUUACGCCAUGAACACGGACAUGACAAUGGACGGCAUCGGCAGCCUGCAUGGCGGGGUGGCGGUGAGCUCCGUGGCCCCUGAUGCGGAGCUGAUGAGCGGCCACAGCCCGCACCACGGCCGCGGAGGCUCGUCGGGACCCGGAGCGGCGGCUGCGGCUGCGGCGGCGUCCACCCUGCGGAUACACCAGGACCUGGCUGCCGCCGCCGCCGCGUCCUCCCGCUCGGCCAUGGUGUCCGGCAUGGCCACGAUUCUUGACGGCAGCGGGGAGUACCGGCCGGAGCUGUCCCUGCCGCUGCACCACGCCAUGAGCGUUCCCUGCGACACCUCCUCUCCCGGGAUGGGGAUGAGCGGCACCUACACCACGCUCACCCCGCUGCAGCCGCUGCCCCCCAUCUCCACCGUGUCCGACAAGUUCCACCACCACCAUCACCACCACCACCACCACCAGCGGCUCUCCGGGAACGUGAGCGGGAGCUUCACCCUGAUGCGCGACGAGCGGGGACUGCCGGGGAUGAACAACAUUUACAGCCCCUACCACAAGGACCACAUGUCCGGGAUGGGUCAGAACCUCUCCCCGGUGCUGGGCAACGGCCUUGGCUCCAUCCACAACACCCAACAGGGUCUCCACAAUUACGGCACCACGACGCACGGGAGCCACGACAAGAUGCUGAACUUCGACCACACAGCCUCUAUGCUGGCCAGAGGGGACCACCACCACCAGCACCGAGGCCUCGGCGCUCCGGCUGGCGGGAUGAUGCCGCACCUGAACGGAAUGCACCACCCGGGACACCCGGUGGUUUCCUCGGCGGGCCACCACCCCCACUCUCACCCCCACCUCCAGUCUCCAUCCCACGGGCCCGUGUUGGCUUCCACCCGGGAAAGAACGCCCUCCUCCUCGGGGACGCAGGGGGGGAACAGCUCGGGACAGCUGGAAGAAAUCAACACUAAGGAGGUUGCGCAGAGGAUCACGGCGGAGCUCAAGAGGUACAGCAUCCCCCAGGCCAUCUUCGCCCAGAGGGUGCUGUGCCGCUCCCAGGGGACCCUGUCGGACCUGCUGAGGAACCCCAAACCCUGGAGUAAACUAAAGUCAGGCCGGGAGACCUUCAGGAGGAUGUGGAAGUGGCUGCAGGAGCCCGAGUUUCAGAGAAUGUCCGCGCUCAGACUGGCAGCGUGCAAGAGAAAGGAGCAGGACACGUCGAAGGACCGCAACAAUACGCCAAAGAAGUCGCGGCUGGUCUUUACCGACUUGCAGCGGCGCACCCUGCUGGCCAUCUUCAAGGAGAACAAGCGGCCGUCCAAAGAGAUGCAGCUCACUAUCUCGCAGCAGCUGGGCCUCGAACUCACCACCGUUAGCAACUUCUUCAUGAACGCCCGCCGCCGGAGCCUGGACAAAUGGACAGACGACGGAGCCAGCCCUGGCGGCCAAUCUUCAGCGUCAAGCACUUGUACCAAAGCGUGAUAAUAGAGAGCGAGGAGGGGAAUGGGGAGUCAGGGAGGGGGUGGGAGUUUUGGGGAGGGAUGGAGGGCGCGGGUUGAGGUUUCGUCCAGUUGAAGCGUGGAGGAAAACCAAACUUUUUACUCUUUUUGUUUGUCUGGUUUUGUUUUGGGGUUUUUUUUUGCUUUUGUCAAGAGUGACAAACUGAGAGAGGGGCUGCUCACUGCCACGACUUGUUUUAGCCAAACCGCCUUUUGCAAAUUCAUCAUACAUCCAUUAAGAAGCUGAAGGGUAAAUUAAUCUUUAGUGCAUUCAAACCUCACUGACGUUCACUGCUGAUGUCUUCUUUUGGACAAUAAGCUGACACGCUAGCCCAAAUACCAAAGACGAGAAGACGAUGCGUGUUUUCUAUUAUGCAAUAUAAGCUAGAAACCAACCAAACAGGAAUGCAAGGAAAGCUUUAAGACCACAGAAUGUGAUAGAAGCUCGGGGAUAAGCAGGAGUUGUGUGGAAAUUUUGUGGUAUUUCUAAUCUCAAAUGUCCAAAGCCGACACAUCAGUUCUCGAAAGAAUCCUAAUUUAGAAGCUGGGUUUCAGAAACUGCACAAUCAAAGUUUGUUAUUUAUCUUGAAAACAGAAGGUAGUUUUUUUUCUUCACAGGAUAUCUGGACAGUUUUAUUCAAAAUAACAUUAAUAGUUACUCCAGCUCAGUAAAAAUGUAUCAGUUUAUCUGAUAUACAACAGCAUUUUCAGGAGAAAAAAAAAGUCUAAAAAAUUUACAAUAAAAAUCUCACAAUUUUAGCUGUAGGUUAUGACUUCAAUCUUUAAAAAAGUUUAGAGUUUUUCCUCAUUCAUUUCAGGAUUUCUUAUUUGUUAUACAAUUCUUGAUGUUCUUUUCUUCCUUAAAGAUUUUGAGGUUUGGUUUUUUUUUUGGUAUAUUUCCUGUAAAUUUCACACUAAAAAUCUAGUUAAUUUAGCCUUUUUUCUUGUAAAUUUCCAAAUCGUACCCCUCAAAAUUCAGAUUCAGCCUUUAAUAGCUCAAAGAGUCUUUUAUAUAUUAUUCAGGAAGAUUUUUUGGCUGUGCAGUCUCUGUUUUUAUCACAACUGAGGAGUUGAUUUCUAACAUGUUCUAUACAAAUUUUAAUGUGAAAAUAGGAAGCCUAAAUGCAUGUGAUCAAUAACCAACUCUUGUUUAUAAAAUGACAAAAUUUCCAUAGCUUUUUGGAUUAAACAUGUAAAGAUUUGGCUCUUUAAAGGGGAACGUGAGGAUUUUUUUUCUUUUUAAGUUAGGAAAUGGCAAAAUAUGCAAGCACAAACACACACACACACACACACACACACACACA